ACGGGAUCGGGAAGAGGCCGAAAAGGUCGGGAUGGGCGGGGUCUGUCUCUUAUACACAUCUAGAUGUGUAUAAGAGACAGGAAUGGGACAAGAUCCGAACGGGAUCGGGAGGCGGGACGGGUCGGGAUGGGGCAAGGUCGGAACGGGGGGCAGGGUCGGAACGAGGCCGAGAAGGUCGGGAUGGGCGGGGUCAGAGCGGGAUCUGGAUUACGGGCUGGGAUGGGACGAGAUCAGAACGGGAUCGGAAAGGGUGACGGGUCGGGAUGGGGCGAGGACGGAAUGGGGAUCGACAAUCAGGUUUCGGGAGGGGAGGGGAGGGAAGGUUUACCGGUCGGGAUGGGCGAGGUCGUGGGAUCGGGGAUUGGGAAGGGUGAACGGGACGGGAUGGGGCAAGGUCGGAUCGAGGUCAAGAAGGUCGGGAUGGGGCAAGGUCGGAGCGGGAUCGGGGAUACGGGCUGGGUGACGGGUUGGGAUGGGGUCAG